AUGCCCUCGUUGUCAUCACAACGGGUUUCCGAUGAUGCUGGAGGCUCUUCUGGAGUGAAAGCGUCAAAGGAAUCCAAAUGCAAAUCAAAGUCUUCAUCAGAAGCUCCAUUAGUAGUCACUUACUUCCCCACUAACUCUUAUCUCUCUCGCUUAUACGGAAAUUCAUUUUGUACCUAUGUCUCUUUCUCCAAUCAACUGAGGAGCACCAUUGUGGAAACCAUCUCCUCCUCCGACCCAGACCCAUCGUCGUCAACAGCCACUGCUGACCCUGAGUUCAAGCUGGUCUACCCAUUCCCGUCUGCCGAACUGGAGGCGCCGAACUGGAGGCGCCGAGCUUAUUAA